AUUACAUAAUAGAUCUAGGUAUGUGUACCAAUAAACCCAAAGAACGGCAAUCCUCAGGAGUGAAAGUUAUCCGAGUGUGUCUCGGUCGUUUGCAAAUUGCAGAAUUCGACACAAGAUAUAGAUUUUAAUUAGUGGGGUAUGUUUAUUUGAGCCGGCUACUUGAACGUGCAGUAAACAUGGGUUCUCUUGGGUUCUGGGUGAUCUUCGCAAUUUCGUGCCAGUGUUUUGGAGGGUUAUCGGGGAAAAUUCUGGACGUUCAACCGGAUUUUGUGAAGACAUGUAUGAUUACAAGACCCAAAGCGGAAUUUGUUAAUUGCUCAACUCAUGCAGUUCAAACACUGUUCAACGAAAUCCCGAAAGGAAAUGAAGACAUCGAAUUGCAAAUUCUAGAUCCUUUGAAAGUUCCUUUUGUAAAAAUUCUUCAAGGGGGAGGUGGCCCUGUGACAGUAAAUGCCUCGUUAACGCAAGUAACUGUAAUUGGCUUUGGAAAUACGCAAAUUAUACUGAAUAGCGUGGAUCCAGACACUUAUGACUUCUUCACGAAGUUGCACCUGCCUAGGAUGCGAAUUGAUGGCAACUAUGAGCUUCUGGGCAGAAUUCUGGUAAUCCCUUUAAGAGGAAAGGGCAACUGCUGGUUUGAUGCAAAGGAUUUGGAUAUAGACGUAAAAUCUGAUGUAAAGUUGGAAAAUCGUGAUGGUUUUUACUUUUUCAAAGUGACUAACGUCCAUGUGAAAUUCUCCAUCGGCGGAUUGAAAUUGCACAUGGGAAACCUAUUCGAUGGCAUUAAGGCAUUAGAGGAUUCUACGAAUGCUUAUCUAAACGCAAACUGGAGGCCUGUUGCAGAAUCUUUAAACCCGAUUUUAUCCAAAACCAUUGAGGAUAUAAUGUUGGAAAUCCUGCAAAAGGUAUUCGACAAUAUUCCUGCUAGUUUCUUCUUGGGGGACAUCAAUGAAAAUGAAACACUUAGAGCAAGGAAAGUGUAAAUAGUACUACCCGACGCUAAAAGUGUCUGAAAAUUGAUUAAUAAUGAAUUUCAAUUUAACCCAAUUUUCCUGAGUUAAAAUUUAACCCAUUUCAAGUCCCCAACCUAAAUUCCGAAAAUAAUUUUCACAUUGCAGAGAAAAUUGAAGGUCAUGGCUAUUUAAACACAGACGUUGUACAAAUACAUAUUGUGAAAGAAAUUCUCUAAAAAUACCUUCAAAAACUCACCAAAUGUUCGGCGAUUUUAGCAUGUUUUUAGACAAUCGGUGGACUUUAUCUGUAAUGAUUUACCUUUAGUAUUAUUACCGAUACUUUGUAUAUGUAAUAUUUACAUAAAAUGUUUUAUGAAUAUUUUUUAAAAUAUAUUUACUGUGAUGUAUCGUUGCCUGGCUUGUAAUCAGAUCUUAUUUUAAUGUUUAAUGAAUAAUGAACAGAAAAAUAUAAGAUUUUAUAAGGCUUUCAGUAUUGCUUUCAAAUAACAAUAUCCUGCUGAAAGCUACAGUUUUUAUGAAUUUUUGGUGAAAACGUGUUUAUUCAUUUCUUAUUCUAUUAGCUUUAUCAUUUAUCAUAUAUAUUAUCAUUUCUUAUUCUAUUCUAUUCUUCUACUAUUAGCAAGAUUAAUUUCGCUUUAAUUAUUGCUGCAGACUUUCUUGAAUAGGUUAAACUCACUCUUUGUUAAASAAAUUGGCAAAACUAAAUUAAUUGUUAAAUUUCACAAAAAAAGACCUAGUUUCUUUUAUGUUUUGGUAAAAACAAUAUUCUAAUUAACCACCCCCCACGCAUAUUCAAUUUAUGUUGUAAGUUCCUAGUAUAAAUGACUGUAUAUUUCAGAGUAAAGCUACUUUUAUAACA